AUGGCAUCAAAAGGUCCCCGGUCGAAGCUAGACCAUGAGACAAGACCUAGACGCAAGAAGGCUCUUGAAGCUCCAAGGGAGCCUCGGAAGCCAAAAGUUCACUGGGACCAUGUUCUGGGGGAAAUGGUUUGGCUGUCAAAGGAGUUUGAAUCUGAGAGGAAGUGGAAGUUGUCCAUGGCUAAAAAGAUUGCUCAAAGGGCCAAUAUGGGUGUAGUUGACCAAGCAACAAAGGAUGAGAAAAAACAGAAGGAGGGGGAACAUCGCCUGAGAAAAGUUGCCCUAAAUAUUUCUAAGGAUGUGAAGAAGUUCUGGACCAAAAUAGAGAAGUUGGUUCUCUAUAAGAAUCAGCUAGAGGUUGAGGAAAGGAAGAAAAAGGCCCUCGAUAAGCAGCUUGAUUUCCUUUUAGGUCAGACUGAAAGAUAUUCUACAAUGUUGGCUGAAAAUCUCGUGGAUGUUCCCCAUUUGCAAACACAAGAAAAUGGACUGUUACAGACAAAUGUACUAUCCAAGGAGGAAGUAGCAGGACCUUCCCAGACUAAUCAACUGUCCCAGGAGGAAGUAGCAGGACCUUCCCAGACUAAUCAACCAUCCCAGGAGGAAGUGGCAGGACCGUCACAGACUAAUCAACCAUUGCAGGAGGAUGUAGCAGAACCUUCGCAGACUAAUCAACCAUUGCAGGAGGAUGUAGCAGAACCUUCGCACACUAAUCAACCAUUGCAGGAGGAUGUAGCAGAACCUUCGCACGCUAAUCAACCAGCGCAGGAGGAAGUAGCUGAGGAGAACAUAAAUGCACCAACUCCUGAUGAUCUAGUUGCAGAUACAAUGGAAACUGAUGAUGACUACGAUAGCAGCUCCUUGAACGAAGAACAGGAAGAUGACGAGCGCACAAUUGAUGAGGAUGAAGCCCAAAUCACGGAGGCUGAGCGCAAUGAAGAAUUAGCUGCAUUGCAGGCAGAAGCUGACAUACCAAUUGAUGAUCUUCUUAAGUCGUAUCUCAAAAGCCAAGUUAGCAGGGAAAGCAGUCCAGCUAACAAAGACACUUGCAGCAACUCAGAUUUGAAGAAUUCAACUAAAGAUUCUUCAAACCAAGUUAAUGGCUGUAAUCAUGAUUCUGGUUAUACUUCAAGUGAUGAAGGCAAUUUUUCUGAGGAAGUUGAUGAUAGCCACCAUUAUGCUGAGUUUGUGAAGAGGAAUCAUGGGAAAAGUAACGGCGGUAUCUCUGGUGAGCAGGAGGAUAACGAUUAUGUUUGUACUGAUGAAGGAAAGGAUGAUGAAGCAACUUUAUCUGAAGAGGAAGAUUUGGCAAAGAAAGAUGGCCCUGAUCCUUUGGAUGAGAUUAAGCUUCUGCAAAAAGAGAGUGAGAUCCCACUAGAAGAACUUCUUGCGAGGUACCCAAAGGAUGGCUAUGCAGAUGACGUAACAACAGAACUGGAGGAUUCACCCACACAUUCUAGCGAAGAGGUUAAUAGUGACAUGUCUCUGGAUGAUCUACCUGCGGACUUGGAACUGAACAAUGAUACGUUUGAAAAUCAUGAAAUAGCAGAAGUGCUGGGAACUGAGCAUGUGAGCGGCAAUGCCCUACAACUAGAAAUAGUUUCAGAGCCUAGCGUGCAAGAAACCUCUGUUAAAGGAGACGAGCUGACUGAUGCUAAGGUGAUGGCCGAUGAGGAAGCUAGUGUACAAGAAUGUUCUGUUGAAGAAGUUGAGAUGACCGAUGCUAAGGUGAUGGCCGAUCAGGAAACUAUUGUACAAGAAUGUCCUGUUAAAGAAGAUGAGCUGACUGAUGCUAAGGUGAUGGCCGAUGAGGAAACUAGUGUACAAGAACGUUCUGUUAAAGAAGAUGAGCUGACUGAUGCUAAGGCGAUUGCCGAUGAGGAAACUGGUGACAGUGUAAUGGCUGAUGCUGCUGCUGCUGCAAGAGCAGCACAACCAACUGGGAACACCUUCUCAACAACGAGUGUCCGCACGAAAUUCCCAUUCCUUCUCAAGCAUUCUCUUCGGGAAUAUCAGCAUAUUGGGUUGGACUGGUUGGUUGCUAUGUAUGAAAAGAGGCUGAAUGGAAUUUUAGCAGAUGAAAUGGGUUUAGGGAAGACGAUCAUGACUAUCUCCUUGCUAGCACACCUUGCAUGUGAGAAGGGGAUAUGGGGUCCACAUCUUAUUGUCGUGCCAACCAGUGUUAUGUUAAAUUGGGAGACAGAAUUUCUGAAAUGGUGUCCUGCCUUUAAAAUACUUACUUAUUUUGGAAGUGCAAAGGAGAGAAAGCAGAAACGUCAAGGUUGGAUGAAGCCAAAUUUUUUCCAUGUAUGCAUCACGACAUACAGGCUAGUUAUUCAGGACUCCAAAGCGUUCAAGCGAAAGAAGUGGAAGUAUCUUAUUCUUGAUGAGGCUCAUCUGAUAAAGAACUGGAAAUCACAAAGAUGGCAGACUCUGCUGAAUUUUAAUUCGAAACGACGUAUUCUGUUGACUGGAACUCCUUUGCAAAAUGACCUUAUGGAACUUUGGUCUCUCAUGCACUUUUUGAUGCCACAUGUAUUCCAGUCUCACCAAGAGUUCAAGGAUUGGUUCUGCAAUCCAAUAUCAGGAAUGGUGGAGGGCCAAGACAAGGUAAACAAGGAAGUUAUCGAUCGGUUGCACAAUGUCCUCCGCCCAUUUAUAUUACGGCGAUUGAAACGAGAUGUUGAGAAACAGUUACCACAGAAGCAUGAGCAUGUCAUAUAUUGCCGACUUUCCAGAAGGCAAAGAAACUUGUAUGAAGAUUUUAUUGCCAGCUCAGAUACACAAGCAACACUGUCAAGUGGCAACUAUUUUGGUAUGAUUAGCAUCAUUAUGCAACUCAGAAAGGUCUGUAACCAUCCGGAUCUUUUUGAAGGCCGCCCAAUUAUCAGCUCAUUUGACAUGGCAGGGAUUGACAUGCAGAUCAGCUCUUCUGUUUGCAUGGUCCUGGAUAAGGGCCCAUUUUCUCAGGCUGGUCUGUCUGAUAUGAACCUUGUGUUUACUCAAAAUGAAUUUAAUAUGACUUCUUGGGAGGCGGAUGAGGUUGCUGCUGUCUUUCUUCCAGGCAUCACCUCUAGGGGCUCUGGUGCAGAGAUUUCUUGCUCUAGCAAGGCUGGUCAGAGAAGUAAUGGAACAAAUAUUUUUGAAGAAAUUCAGAAAGCCUUGCAGGAGGAGAGAAUUAAAGAGGCCAAAGAAAGAGCAGCUUCAAUUGCUUGGUGGAAUAGGUUGAGAUGCGAGAAGAGGCCUGUUUAUGGUAGAAACAUUAGAGAGCUUCUGACCAUAAGACAUCCUAUGUGUGAUGUUCUUGAGAAGAAGAACAACCCUUCAUGCUACAUGGAUUUUUCAUCGAGUCUAGCAGAUCUUGUUCUUUCAUCUGUGGAACGCUUCAAUAAAAUGCUUGGCUUUAUUGAAUCAUUUACUUUUGCAAUUCCUGCUGCACGGGCUGCUACUCCUAUUUGCUGGUGCAAAAAAAGGAAUUCACCUGUUCUUCUUGGACCAGCUUACAGAGAACAAUGUAUGAAUGAGUUCUCGCCCAUUCUCUCCCCUAUAAGGCCUGCAAUUGUUCGCCGUCAAGUGUACUUCCCGGACAGGCGCUUGAUCCAGUUUGACUGUGGGAAGUUGCAGGAGCUUGCUGUCUUGCUGAGACGUUUGAAGUCAGAAGGACACAGAGCCUUGAUAUUUACUCAGAUGACCAAGAUGCUUGAUACUUUGGAGGAAUUCAUUAAUUUGUAUGGCUAUACAUAUUUGAGGUUAGAUGGUUCUACCCAGCCAGAAGAGAGGCAGACACUAAUGCAGAGGUUCAAUACAAACCCGAAGUUUUUUCUUUUCAUUUUAUCCACUCGCAGUGGCGGUGUGGGAGUCAACCUAGUAGGGGCAGACACUGUUAUAUUCUAUGACAGUGACUGGAACCCUGCAAUGGAUCAACAAGCCCAAGACAGAUGCCACAGGAUAGGACAAACACGUGAAGUUAACAUCUAUAGGCUAAUUAGUGAGAGCACUAUAGAGGAGAAUAUUCUCAAGAAAGCAAAUCAGAAGCGAACACUUGAUGAUUUAGUGAUACAACGCGGUUGUUACAAUACAGAGUUCUUCAAGAAGCUAGACCCUAUGGAAUUUUUUUCUGGGCACACAGCUCUUAAUGUCGAAGAACAGCCGAGGGAUCGCUCUAUGACUGCUGUAUCCUCAAAUGAAACUGGUCUGGCUCUGUCAAAUGCAGAUGUUGAAGCAGCUAUUAGACAGGCAGAAGACGAAGCUGACUAUAUGGCUCUCAAAAGGUUGGAGCAGGAAGAGGCUGCAGACAAUCAAGAAUUCAGUGAGGAGGUUGCUGGAAGGCUAGAGGAUGAUGAGCUUGUAAAUGAGGAGGAUACAAAACCUGAUGAUCACACCAGUGAAGAGCAUAAACAUCAAAGUUCUGAUGCGGAUAAGGAUAAAAAUGUUGGUUUACCUGUGAACCAAAUAAAUGAAGAAAAGGCUCUUACAUUGGCUGCAGGUGACGGAGAUAUGGAUAUGCUUGCUGAUGUUAAGCAAAUGGCUGCUGCAGCAGCUGCAGCAGGACAAGCGAGUUCAUCUUUUGAAAAUCACCUUCGGCCAAUAGAUAGAUAUGCAAUGCGGUUUUUGGAGUUUUGGGAUCCAAUAAUUGACAAAGCUGCUGUAAAUUAUCAGGUGAAUGUUGCAGAGGAAGAAUGGGAACUUGAACGCAUUGAAAAACUCAAAGAAGAUUUAGAAGCAGAAAUUGAUGAAGACCAGGAACCACUAUCUUAUGAGUCAUGGGAUGUUGAUUUCGCUACUACAGCGUAUCGCCAACAGGUUGAGGCUCUAGCUAAAAAGCAGUUGUUGGAAGAACAGGAAAGACAAGCUCUUGAAGCAGCCAAAGAGCUAGAGGAAAUGAAUGAAAUGGCAAGCAGUCACCGCAAAAAGUCAAAGAAGAAGAAAAGGAAGGCAGGCAAGUUUAAGUCUUUAAAAAAAGGACGUGUGUCAUCUGAGUCAGAGGCCAUGCAUGAUGAAACGUCUGUAGAUACUAUGAGUAUUGAUGACAAUGCACCCUCGCCAGAGCUUAUGAGUGAUGAAUCACCACAUCAUGGUUCACAUAAGCGUAAAAAGAUGACACCUAGAAAUGAGGAAGUGAGCAGCAGUAGCAGAGCCCUGAAGAAGUUCAAGAAAGCCCCUAAAUCGAACUUUACUCCUGAGUCCUCAUCACAUAAGCACUCGCUCGAAGGCAAGCAACUCAAGUUGAUGGAUGAAGUGAAUGAUUCUGAUCCAAAGUCGGUGAGAAUUAAGAGUGAUGGCCGGAUUUCCAUGCCCUCCAUGCCAGCAAAACGUGUUAUGGUAAUUAAGCCUGAGAGGUUGAAGAAGAAGGGUCUUUUGUGGCCUCGAGAUUGUGCUUUAGAUUCGUGGACUACCGAGGAAGAUGCAGUUCUUUGUGGAACUGUACAUGAGUACGGUCCUGUUUGGGAACUGGCUAGUGACUUUCUUCAUUCCAUACCUGGUGGUGCAUUUUAUAGGGGAAGAUAUCGUCAUCCUGUACAUUGCUGUGAGAGAUUCCGAGAAUUAUUCUGCAAAUAUGUAUUGUCAGCUACUGACAAUGCAAACAGUGAGAAGGCUCCUUCUGGUGCCGGGAAGGCUGUCUUAAAAGUAUCUGAGGAUCAAACUCGGAUGUUGCUGAAUGUGAUCAGUGAAAUUCCUAACAACGAGUUGCUUCUCCAGAAACAUUUCAUGGCCAUACUUUCUUCUGUUUGGAGAUCAAAAUGUGCUCAUGAGUCCCGACAUGUUACAAGUGUUUGUUCUAGUGCAACCCAUAAGCCUGUUAGAUUGAGUGAGAACUGGUCCAUGGCAAACGACAAGCCAUCAUUUAAUCUGGUAAGGACAGCCCUCGUAGACGCACAGGCCCAAUGUUCAAGAGUGGCAAUACCAACAAGCAACCAGGAACCUCGCCGGAGGCAUUUAGAUUUAGUAUUGGAUUUCCGGACAGAUCGACAUGCUUACCAGGCUGACUUUCCAUCUUUAGUGAAUGUGUCCAUUCUAGAACCAGAUCCUAUUAGACGCACUGUUGUGCCGGUGGAACAAUCACUGCUGUCUGGGCUUCCUCAUAGACAUGCUGAGAACAGAUUCAGGAUAGCAUCAGAAGCUUGUUUUGAAGGGGAAGGUUCUCACUGGGCAUCAUCUGUCCACAUGAAUGAUGCUGCUCGACAUAAAUCUGGUUCAAAGUCCACAGGAAAACACAAAGCAGCUUCAGAAUCGGGAAGACCACCGAAAUCGAAAAUUCAGAGGACGGCUGAACCGCAGGAAAUGCCGGCUUUGAAGUUUGAUUUUCUCCGAUCCCCCCGGCAACUGUUGACAAGUGCAGCUGAGUUCCCCAUCACACAGUCCCUAUCCGACUUUGGCAUCGAUGAUUCUGAGUUGACCUACAUGGAGGAUCUUCCUCUAGAAGAGACUGACACUGAGUUUGCCCCGUCCCAGUAUGACCCAGUUUCCCUUGCUGGUAUCGAGGAGUUGGAUCCUCUUGUGGAUUUGACAGACAUUGGAUGA